AGCCUUGAUCUCUCCAUAUAAAAACACCACCUGCUCUUGUGUGUGAGAUCUUAUUGGGCCCUUUUCAAAAUAAUGAAGUCUGCCUUUGUGUUGCUGGCCUUUUUGGCUCUCUCACAGGGACUUCUCAGGAUUCCCCUGAUGAGAGGGAAGUCAGCCAGGCAGCUGCUGGAGGAGAGAGGCCUGUUUGAAGAGUACAGGAAGAAGUUUCCAUACAACCCUGCAGCAAAGUUUCUCCCCAGGAAUGAGCAGAGUGCGGUGCCCAUGACCUUUGACCCAGAUAUAACGUACUAUGGAGAGAUUGGCGUUGGGACUCCACCUCAGUUCUUUAAAGUUCUGUUUGACACCGGCUCCUCUGACCUGUGGGUUCCCUCCAUGAGUUGCACCAGCACCAACUCUGGUUGUGAAGAUCACGCGAAGUUCAACAGCUCAGCAUCCUCCACUUUUCAGGCCGGCACAAAGCCUUUCUACAUCAUGUACAACAGUGGAUUUGCAGCAGGGAGUACCGGAUAUGAUACCAUAAAGCUAAGUGACCUCUACGUGGAGCACCAGUUCUUUGGCCUCACUGAAACAGAGGCAGUUUUCAUGAUGUCUGUGCCCUGGGAUGGGAUUCUUGGUCUGGCCUUCCCUGGCAUGUCACUUGAGGGAGGCCCACCUAUAUUUGACAACAUGUGGAACCAGGGCAAAAUCCCCCAGAACAUGUUCUCCAUGUACCUGAGCAGUUCUGUAGAGGGCAGUGUGUUAAUUCUGGGAGGAACAGAUCCCUCAUAUUACACUGGAAGCAUAAAAUGGAUCCCCCUGUUUCGUGCCACUAACUUUUGGAACAUCCAUAUACAAAGCAUCAACAUCGAUGGGAACACUGUUGCAUGCUCUGCAAGCUGUGAAGCAAUAGUGGACUCUGGUACUUCUGUAAUCAUCGGUUCCGGCCAAGAUAUUAACAACAUCAAUGGUUGGUUGGGAGCCUCUACAGAUCAGUAUGGUGAUGCUGUUGUGAGCUGCAGCAACACAAAUCUUUUGCCAGACAUUGUGUUCAACAUCAAUGGCUACAGCUUCGCUCUUCCACCAUCAGCCUAUGUCAUGAAGUCUGCCUCUGGGUGCAGAACAGGGUUUGCACCUGGCCCCUGGAUCCUGGGCGAGGUCUUCAUGCGGCAGUUCUACACUGCCUUCGACAUCAGCAACAACAUGGUGGGCUUUGCUCAGGCUGCGUGAAUACAUGUGAAGCGCUGGGUCAGUUUGAAAUGAUAUUAGCCAUUUGUCAGAGGCUCUAGUCUGAGCCUGAGCUAUUUAGAAUGCAAUUUACUUUAUUUUGACUAAUAAAAAAAUUGCCUUUCAGA